AUGCGCCGCAUCAUCCCAGGCGACUUCAUCGUCACCGACCUCGGCGGCAUCGUGGAAAGCCGGCAUGCGCGAGUCACACUAGCCCGCUCGGCAGCCAAGCCAGCCCAAGCCCUGGCUAUUGUGGAAACAGGCGCCAUGGACCAAUUUUGUCUCGACGACGCCGACCUGGCUCUCAUGUGUACGUCGCACAGCAGCCAAGAGCGCCACAUCUCGCGCGCUCGAGGCAUGCUAUCGAAAGCGCAUGCCUGCAAAGAGGAUCUCCGCUGCGGUGGCCAUCCUCCUCUAUCCGAUGCUGUGAAUCGCGCGUGGAUUAAGAGUGAUUACUCUCCGUCUGCUGUCUGCAGUAACUGCUCGGAAAAACAUGCCGGCAUGAUUGCCGCGGCCAGAGCACUCGGCACCGAUGUGCGGGACUAUAAGUUGUCCACGCACCCGAUUCAAAUGCACGUCAAGCGUGUUGUGGAUGAUGUCUGUGGUCUCGAGGAGUCUGGAUCGCAAUGGGGUCUCGAUGGGUGCAAUCUGCCUGCCCCUGCUUUUCCAUUGCACCACCUGGCGCGGGUGUAUGGGAGGUUUGCUGCGGCUGCAGACACAGUGCAGACCAGUGUAGAGACAGCUCCUUUGCGAACACAUACGCUUAACCGGAUCUUUCAUGCUAUGGCACGAUAUCCUGAACUGGUCGCCGGCGACGGUCGGUUUUGUACGGUGCUCAUGAAUGCAUUCCGGGGCUCACUUAUUGGCAAGCUCGGGGCGGAUGGGUGCUAUGGAAUCGGGAUUAGAGCAUCAGACCAAACGCGAAGGCUUGGUGCCGAGGGUGCUAUUGGGGUCGCUGUGAAAAUCGAGGAUGGGAAUAUCGCGAUUCUCUAUGCGGCAAUUGCAGAGAUUCUGCGCCAGCUCCAGAUUGAAGAGCCUGAGAUGCGCGAAACCCUUGCGGAAUUCCACUGUCCUCCGAUCAAGAACACAGUGGGCGUGGUGACUGAGCGUGUUUCUCAUGUGUUCAAUGUGCAUGCCGUUGGGGUGGGCGAGAGUUGA